GUGAUUCUGUCAGGCAUGAAUCUGGUAGUAUGACUCAAUAUGAUGACUUUCUAAACUGGAAACAUGAGGUUGAUUCGAUCUGGAGCACGGGGAGGCAAUCUGAUGAACAGCGUGCUAGGAAACCCAGGUAACAGUACGCCAGGAAACCCAGCAAGCAACAACGUCAACACCGGCCACUCACAAGGUUUUCCCGAUGUGGCGGCGCCUUGCAACUUCCCCCUUCAUUAUAAACCCAACACACCACAGCAGCAGCACGCAGUCUCCGCCGAGCCAGUCAAUCUGUCGGUGGUACAGCUGGUGCUCUCGUGCUCGCCAAAAAGAGGAACAAGAUGAAUUGGAGAGUGUGUUGCAGCCUGGUGGUGGUGGCGGUGGUGGCGGCGACAGCGAGUGCGGGAGCGGCGAGGACAGCGAGGCAAGCCAAGCAGUGUGCAGCAAAUGUGGACUGCAUCUCGCUGAGGAAGUGCAGGCCAAUCCAGGACUUGGUGGCGAGUCGGGAACCGGGUUGGCAGACCACUGUGAGGGACGCGAUAUGUGGGCAAGACAGCGAUGGCCCCAGAGUGUGCUGCCAAGACUCCGGCUCCAACGACCACAUCUUCUCCACCUCCAAGCCUGCGGUGGACGGAGAGACCCUGCUGCCUAAGGGGACUGCGUGCGGACAAUCCAGUCAGCACAGGGUUGUGUUUGGGGAAGACGCUCCCCUCUAUGCCUUCCCGUGGAUGGUGCUGCUCGGAUACAGAGACAGAUCCAACCCAGCCUGGAAGUGUGGCGGCACCCUCAUCAGCGACCGCUACGUUCUUACCGCCGCCCACUGCGUCCACAGAAACUUCACCGUCGCCUCGGGCAACGGUGAUGUGGUGGCCGUGCGGGUGGGAGAACACACCAUAUCCACCAACCCAGACUGCGCCGCGUCCUCCGCUGUGCCGUGUGCCCCAGCGCCCCAGGACUUCGAUCCCGAGGAGGUGAUCGUUCACACUCAGUUCAACAAGCGAGCUCCUGUGAGUGACGACAUCGCCCUCAUCCGCCUCAGCAGGAAAGUCACGAUCACCACUUCCGCUCACCCGGUGUGCCUUCCACCUGCGGGUCUGGACGUGCAGAGCUUCCUGGGUGCGCGCGACGGCGUGGUGGCAGGCUGGGGCGCCACGGAGAACACCUCCAGCUCUGACAUCCUGCAGGCUGCGAAGAUUCCAUUCGCAAACAAGACCGUGUGUGAGCCUUUCUACCGCGGCCAGCUGGUUGACGAGCAGGUGUGCUUCGGCGGGAGAGGCAACGUGGACUCCUGCUUUGGGGAUUCUGGUGGCCCAGUCUUCCAGGCCAGCAACGACAUCCCUCGCUUCACCAUGUUGGGCAUCGUGUCCCGCGGCCUGCGUGAGUGUGGCACUCCAGGGGCUCCCGCUGUCUACACCAACGUCGCCUUCUACACGCAGUGGGUAACAAGCAACAUCAAGCCCUAGGAUCUCUCCUCUCUCUUCAGGGACAUCUGAGUCUUUCCUUCACACAGCCCGUAAAGAUGACCGCCUCCUCGUAGCGCUCUUUACUUCCCCACGGCGCUGUGUUCAUUUCCCGCGGCGCCAAGUUCUCCCUGAGACGCCUUGCCCUUCACCGAGAUAGUGCAGUGCUCGUGUCCCUCUCCAGUAGUUACGUUCCUAACUCAGUAUUACGACAACGCCUUCGUGACUCUUUUUGCCACAAUAAGAAAGCCAGAUGUGGGUCCUUCAUCUACCGGGAAAAGUAUUUAUGUGUAGUGACAAUGACAUGUGAUAAGCCAGUGUGGCGCUAAUAAUAAACUAUUUAAGUUCA